UAGAUGCAUAUAACGGAACGGUUAACACGAGUGUUCACGCGUGACCAGGAGUUUAUACUUACCGUUAUAUCGAAAAGAUAAGCAGGUCAAUUAACAUGCGAUGCCAGAGGACCUGCAACAAUUGUAGGCUAGGUCCCAAAGGAGCAUAACUCCUCGAAGUUUCGUUUGUGCAGAACAUUUUCUUUUGGAAAGAGAUGGAUUUCAGCUCGUAAUAUUUCAUGAGAGAUGCUCCAGGAGAAAGCCUCAGUUGUGACGGAUGACAGUGUGACUGGGGCCCAGACUGAAGGGCCCCCAGAACUUGUCCCCAACCCUUCACAUCUGACCCUGCCUACAACUCCCAGCAUUCCUCAGGGAAAUGAACCUAACCAGAAUAUUGAGAGUAUCAAGGUACUUCUACAUGAGAGGGAGUUAUGGAAGAAGUUUCAUGAGGCUGGUACAGAAAUGAUCAUAACUAAAGCAGGCAGGAGGAUGUUCCCAAGCUACAAGGUCAAGGUAACAGGGAUGAACCCAAAGACCAAGUACAUCCUCCUGACAGAUAUUGUACCGGCCGAUGACCAUCGCUACAAGUUCUGUGACAACAAAUGGAUGGUAGCUGGUAAGGCAGAGCCUGCAAUGCCAGGUAGACUAUACGUUCACCCAGAUUCCCCUGCUACAGGAGCUCACUGGAUGAGACAGCUGGUGUCAUUCCAGAAGCUAAAGCUUACCAACAAUCACCUGGACCCCUUUGGCCAUAUCAUCCUCAACUCUAUGCACAAGUACCAGCCCAGACUGCACAUUGUCAAGGCAGAUGAGAACAACGCGUUUGGUUCAAAGAACACGGCCUACUGUACUCACGUCUUUCACGAGACUGCCUUUAUCUCCGUCACAUCCUACCAGAAUCAUAAGAUCACUCAGUUGAAGAUUGAGAACAAUCCAUUUGCCAAGGGUUUCCGUGGCAGUGAUGAAGGGGACCUGCGUGUCUCAAGACUCCAGGGGAAAGACUACCCAGUGAUUUCUAAGAACAUGGUACGUCAGAGGCUCAUAUCUUCACACAGUCACCUGGCAGGAAAGUUGGGAGCUGGAGUUCUGACAGGGCAUCCCCAAGUCCUGUCCCAUUAUCAGUAUGAAAGUGGAGUCCCCCUGUCCAACUCAGACCACCAGGAUCACCUCUCCAACCCCUUCCCUCCAAGCAGAGAACCUGGGCUGCUCUAUCAUUGCUUUAAACACAGAGAUAACACCAGACACUUGGAACUGGGGUGUAAACGCCCAUACUUGGAGACCGCACCGCCCGCAGCCCCUGAAGACCACUACUUCCGAUCCGCUCCUUCCUAUGAGCCACCAUUGCUAUCUCACCCCUACUGCGGUGAGACACUAAGCUCUAGGGAGGCCUGCAUGUAUGGCAGCAUGGAAGGGGAAUCAGGUGCUGGGCCAGGCGGAGCGGAGGACCUGACUCCCCCAUCACUGAAUAUGUGGGCAUCAGUGCAGCCUUAUCCUCGCUACAGUAUGCAAACAGUAGACACUGUCCCAUACCAGCCCUUCACCGCCCAUUUCACCAGCACUGCCACUGCCACUUCUGUGGUGCCACACCACUCUGCCUCUAUGGCUCCACGCCCUCAGUCUGACUUAGGGCUCUACAGCCCGGCCUCAGCCCAGCGAGGCCUCACCGCCAUACCCUCUACGUCCUCCUCUUCAUCUUCCUCUCCACUUGUUGCAGGCUCCAGGGACAGGGUGGCCCAUCCACCUCUCUACCACAGAAAGCCAGGGUCACCUCUCCGGCCUCACAGGGAUUUCUCGGCUUUCCCGACACAGACUGGUUCAUCCAUCCGUGACCCCUCCUAUCAGUAUCAGAUGGGACUGAGCACUGUUGGGGCCCACUGGACAGAGAGCUAAUGAGUCACACCCCAAAGACAGUGGUGUUGUCCACUCAGCCCACCCACAGCCAGCCAAGGUCCCCAAGCAGCCACGCUGGCUGUGAAGCAUGUCAUUAACACAGCCAUGUUGCACACUGAAGCCAUAGAAGUUAAGCUACAGACAAAGCAGGGUGGCCAAACAUGAGUGAAAGAUUUACCAGAAUACUGCAGCUUCAAACCAACGUAGUGCUUUCUACAUGCUUUGGUUAUAAUUCCAUAGGAUGGGCCCCCCCUCCAUGUAUUUAUGCAGAAGAGUGCCACAAGUUAUUAUUCAUUAAAAAUUAUAAAUGUUAUGCAGUGCCAAAAGGAGAUGUGCUUAGCAGACUUUUGAUAGUAUGUUAAAAGUAUUAAAUAUAUUUUUUACUGUUGAAAACAGACUAUAGGUGGACAACAAGCCCACCCAUACUGUCCUGAACAGAAUAACCAAGAGUGUGCAGGUUUCAUCCCUUCACAUAAAGUGAUGCUAGCCACACUAUAUCGUGACUUUGAUUAGAAUGAAACCAUCUUCUAAAGGCCUUUAGCAUUAAGCCAAAGUCUUUGAACCACAAAACAGCGGUUAGCAUUUGGCUCCCUUAACAAGAGUCCAAAACGAUGAUCUUGGUGAAGUGGGACAUCAGAGAGGUCCCAAACUGAGCAGAUGGGAGCUUAAGGAGCCGUCGUUAAGCCAAAGCAAGGAAAGGAACAGAGAGCGCUGCACAAAUCCCAGACCCAAAUGACUGAGUCGGAAAAAUCCUUACAAGACUGCAAAUGUAAAACAGCCCAAGUGGGCAAGGAGCCACAUGGAAAACUGUGCUGAAGUAGAGUCUACGGAGUAACAUUCAGCACUGUCAAUCUCCAAGUAUUGACAAGUGAAUACCACAUUAUCUUGUGGAAUUUAUGUAAUUGGAUACAAGCGUAAGCUAUAUACAAUGUGAUACAAUGUGGUACAAUGGACUGGGUGAUGAUCUGCGUGACUAUGUUCUAAUUUGACCCCAUACUAAUCCAUUUCAUUCAUGUUUUUAAACUAAUAACGUUUUUCAUGUUUCAAACUUUUUGCACACCUAAUGAAUAAAUAUUUU